AUGAGGUCAUCCGACUGGGGGAAAAUGCUUUUAUACUUGAACACUUAUGAUUCUAAGGCAGAUGAGGUCAACUUGACAUCACAACUCAGGUCGUCAUCAAAGCCCCAGCUUACAUCUCCGCAGAGUUCCCUCGCUAUAAUCCUGUCAGACUUUCAUUUCAACAUGAGUGACGCUGAUGCAGAAAUACACACUGGCGCUGAAAUCAUGAAUUACAACUUCAUGUCAGAACGCGCUGAGUCUCAGGCACUCCGAUGCAAGGCCCUAGAGCAUCGGCGAGAGAGAGAUGACUUGCUUGCGCGGUGCCUCGACGCCCACAGCCAGGGGCUCUUCCUGGCCUCGGCCUAUUACAGCAAGCUGGCGGGGCUCCAUCACGACGCAAUGACCAUGGCCAACCAGCAGGCCGCCGCCAUCAUCGCCUCCUUCGUCAACAAGCGGCAUCUGCUCACGCCGGAAACUACGCUUGAUUUGCACUACCUCCACGUUGGGGAAGCCCUCACUCUUCUCGGGGACUUCUUGGAGCGGGAGAAGCGUCGAAAAGGGCCUGAGGAGGAGCGGCAGGUAGUUAUCGUCACGGGGCGUGGAGCCCACAGCAACGGGCCCGCCAAAGUCAAGGAUGCAGUCGUAAAAUUCCUGGAACAGAAGCGAAUAAGAUACACAGAGCAAAAUCCUGGACGUCUUGCUGUUACCUUGUAG